AUGGAGCUGAAGUGGUCCGAGCAGCGGAAGAUUGGGGCUAAGGCUCCGGUGCUGCGGCAAGUGGAAGGAGACUCCAUCAACCAGCGGAUCCGCCUCUAUCGACGCACGAUAUUUUUCCAUAUCCACUCCAAGCUGGAGCAUAAUGGCUACAUCACACAACGACUGCGGCUGAACAAUCAGAAUCCCAAUGGCAAAGACGAAAAGGGCCGAACUGCACUGCAUUACGCUUGCAGACACGGUGCUGAGAAUGCGGUGAGGACGCUUCUUCACGAGGAAACCACGAUCGAUGACCCAGACUUGGAAAUGCGCUGGACCCCUCUGCACUACGCUGUAAUGGGAGGUCACGAGAACAUCGUGGAGCGCUUGGUGGAUAAAGCUCCAGUGCGACGGAUCACGAUCAACCGCAAGGACAAAUGCGGCAUGACACCCCUCAUGCUGGCCUGUGGAGAGGACCAUGCAGGUGUCGCUAACGUGCUUCUUCGUAAGAAGGCUUUCAUCGACGAAACGGAUAACGAUGGUUGGAGCGCACUCCACUAUGCCGCUGCAAACGAUUCAGCCCUGGCUGCCGAAGUGCUCGUUCAGUACGACGUCAGUCUCAAGACUCGGACGGAAUCCACGAACGAGACAGCUCUCGAAAUGGCCGAGCGGCUUCGUUCACACCUGGUGGCCAUUCUCCUGUACGAAGUGACCUACCGGAAGCCCCAGCCGAUUGUCUGA